CGGGCGGCGGAGCACGUGGGGCCGCGCCGGGCCGGGCUGAGUCACUGCCCGCCCCGAGCCCCGCGGCGGAGCCGAGCCGAGCGGAGCCGAGCGCAGCGGAGCGGCUCGGGGGGAGCGCACGGCGCGGCUCGGGACGCGACAUGAGUGCGGCCAGCGUGUUUCGGGGGCUGCUCGCCGUGGCGGUGGCGUUCCCGCUGCUGCUGGUCGUGUCCGGUGACUUCUGUGAUGUGAACCACUGUCAGAAUGGGGGCACCUGCCUGACUGGGAUUAAUGAGGCCCCCUUCUUCUGCAUCUGCCCUGAGGGCUAUGUUGGGAUUGACUGCAAUGAGACGGAAAAAGGGCCCUGCCACCCCAAUCCUUGCCACAACAAUGGUGAGUGCCAGCUUGUCCCAAACCGGGGUGACGUCUUCUCUGACUACAUCUGCAAGUGCCCUGAGGGGUACGAUGGGGUGCACUGCCAGAACAACAAGAACGAGUGCUCCUCCCAGCCUUGCAAAAAUGGAGGCACUUGCCUGGACCUGGAUGGUGACUACACCUGCAAGUGUCCUUCUCCAUUCUUGGGGAAGACCUGCCACAGCCGCUGUGCUGUUCUCCUGGGCAUGGAAGGAGGAGCCAUCUCUGACGCCCAGCUCUCAGCAUCCUCUGUCUAUUAUGGCUUCCUUGGCCUCCAGCGCUGGGGGCCAGAGCUCGCCCGCCUCAACAACCACGGCAUCGUCAACGCCUGGACCUCCAGCAACUACGACAAGAGCCCCUGGAUCCAGGCCAACCUGCUGCGGAAGAUGCGGCUGAGCGGGAUCAUCACGCAGGGCGCGCGCCGUGUGGGGCAGCAGGAGUUUGUCCGUGCCUACAAAGUCGCCUACAGCCUCGAUGGGAGGGAGUUCACCUUCUUCAAGGAUGAGAAAAAGGAUGUAGACAAGGUUUUUGAGGGGAACGUGGACUAUGGCACCAUGCGGACCAACAUGUUCAACCCUCCCAUCACGGCCCAGUUCAUCCGCAUCUACCCCGUGAUGUGCCGCCGCGCCUGCACGCUGCGCUUCGAGCUCAUCGGCUGCGAGAUGAACGUGUAUUUCAACACGGCAGGUUGCUCGGAGCCUCUGGGCAUGAAAUCCCGCCUCAUCUCUGACCAGCAGAUCACAGCCUCCAGUGUCUUCAAGACCUGGGGCAUCGAUGCCUUUACCUGGCACCCUCAUUACGCUCGCCUGGACAUGACGGGCAAAACCAACGCCUGGACAGCCCUGAACAACGACCAGUCUGAGUGGCUGCAGAUUGACCUCCGGGACCAGAAGAAGGUGACAGGCAUCAUCACACAAGGAGCCCGUGACUUCGGGCACAUCCAGUAUGUGGCAGCUUACAAGGUGGCCUACAGUGACAACGGCACGUCCUGGACCCUGUACCGGGAUGCCCAGACAAACAGCACCAAGAUCUUCCAUGGCAACAGUGACAACUACUCUCACAAGAAGAACGUGUUUGAUGUGCCCUUCUACGCCCGCUACGUCCGCAUCCUGCCCGUGGCCUGGAACAACCGCAUCACCCUGCGCGUGGAGCUGCUGGGCUGCGAUGAGUAGGCGCGGCGAAGAAGGACGGGGCUGCUCUUCCCCGCUGCCCAGCCUGCACCCUGCCUGCCCCUGCCCACUCCUGCUCUGACCUCACACCCCCCUCUCCACGUCCCCACACUCAGGAGGCGGCCAGGAGGGCUCCCCUGCCCCGCGUUGGUGCUGGGGCUGCAGCACUGCACUUUACGGGGCCCUUGCAGGUGGGAUGUGGGGAUGGCUCCUGCCCUCUUGCUGCUCCAGCCAGGGCUGAGACCCCCUCCUGCAACUGGGGCUUUCCUGGGGACACCAUCCUGCAAAUGAGACCUUGCUGGGGGACCCUGUCCCACAACUAGGGCUUGGCUUAAUCUUCUCAGCUAAACCUGGGGACAAAUUUUCUGCUCCUUGCUUCUGCUUCCAGCAGAGAAGCUGCAGCCAGUGGCAGUCCCUUGCCUGAGCUGUGUCUUGGGGCUCAGCAGUUUUCAGGGUCUUAGGGCAGGCUCCCCUGGCUUGCAGCCUCCACUGUCCCUCCUGCUCCCUGCUUGUCUGCAAGCAGGGGCUGUGAAAAUCCUCUGAAAAAUCUCAGCUGUUGUCCCCUGCCCGUUUUGCCAGGCCCUGAGUCUCCUUGUCUGCGAUGUCAGCACCACAUAGUGCGAAUGGAGUGGUGAGAGAGCUCCUGUCAAGAGGCACCAGAUCCCCACUGAUGGUGGCUCUACCUGCUGGGCACUCUGGCAGGUGCCACAGUGAGCAUUUUGGUAGGCACUGCCCAUUCCCCUUUCUGGGAUGCCAGCUCCAGCAGCUUCCCACGUUUCAGCAUUGCCACCAUCCCCAGCUUACUGCAGUUUGGCGUGCCUGGCCGUCCCUUGUCCUCAGAGCCCAGUGGUGACCAGGGGGACUACGAUCUGGUAGAGGGGAGAGUUGGUUUGUAGCCAGAAGGCUGUGAAGAAAAGAUGGGAAAGGUGGUAAUUAAACCACCCAAAUGCAGUGGGCAGAGGGCCGUGCCAUGACCCUUUUUGUAACCUGAUUUUUUUCCCUUUACACGGGGUGGAGGGGAGCCUCUUGCAACGCUCGAGCCCUCGGGAUUAGCAGUAGGAGAUGAGUGAGUCCCAGGUGGGAGCACGGGCAGGCUGUCCUAGGCUGGCAUGUGAAGCAGCUGUGGGGCUGGGCUGGCAGUGGGUUUGCUUUGGCAAGGGCUGAGGGAGCCCGAGUGGGAUGGCAGCGAUGGCCCCACUCUGGGGUGUCUCUGACAGUAUUAAAACCAGCUGAAACUUU